CAACUCUGCACUGAAAACGUCUUGUGGCUUCUUCAUUCUCUACUUCAGGAUGAAUUUUCAAAUCUUUGCUCUGGUGAUGAUGCUCCUGGCCUGUGUGGAGCACAGCCUGGCCUCCUGUGUGGUGGACAGCUUCACAGUCAAACAGGACUUUGACCCCAAAAGAUACGCAGGGAAGUGGUAUGCUCUGCAGAAGAAAGAUCCUGAGGGUUUGUUCCUGCAGGACAACAUCUCUGCUGAGUACACGGUUGGCGAUGAUGGCUCCAUGGUGGCCUCCUCCAGAGGCAGAGUCACUCUCUUUGGGUUCUGGGUUGUCUGUGCUGACAUGGCUGCUCAGUACACAGUCCCUGACCCUGGCAACCCUGGUAAAAUGUUUAUGGACUACCAGGGCCUGGCCAGUUACCUGUCCAGUGGCGGUGACAACUACUGGGUCAUUGAUACAGACUAUGACAACUAUGCCAUCACCUAUGCCUGCCGCACCCUGAAGGAUGACGGAACCUGCGAGGAUGGCUAUUCUCUAGUCUUCUCCCGCAACCCCCGUGGCCUCCCCCCUGCCAUCCAGAGAGUGGUCCGCCAGAAGCAGGAGGAAAUCUGCAUGGCCGGACAGUUCCAGCCUGUGCUGCAGUCCGGAGCUUGCUAAACAAAUGCUCAUCUGGGGCAUGUUGAGCAACCCUACAUUAA